AACAUAUAAAAUAGAAUAUUUAUGGCGCAUUCAAGCAUUUUUAAUUUACCGGAACUAUUAGAGCGAAUUCUAUAUUUCUUAGCAAUAGAUAAGUCACUAUACCCUGCUCUAUUUGUUAGCCGGCUUUGGUACAGAUGUGGUGCCCCUAUCCUAUGGAGGCGUAUUGAGCUAAAAGGAUGGGAAGAAGAAGAUCGAACUCGAUUAGAAAGAUUUUUAAAAAUAGUACCCGGAGGAGGAAGAAAACCAGUUUAUAGCUCAAAACUAACCCAUCUUAAAAUAACACACUACUAUUCACUUUCAAAUAAAAAAAUCAAAGGCAUUGUGCAUACUUUCCAAAAUAUAAUUCAUUUAGAUUUUGAAGGAAGUACGGACUGUAUUGGUAAAACUCUAAAGCUAAUAGCGAAAUCAUACCCAAAUUUGAAGUAUCUCAAUAUAUCCACUUUAUGGGGAUUACGGGGAAAAAUGAUAUAGGUCUAACUGCAAUCGCAGAAUUAUGCCACAAACUAGAAUAUCUAAAUAUCUCUAACCAUACAGAAUUUUCCGAACAAUCAAUUUGCAAUAUUAUUCGUUCCUGCCCAAGGCUCCAGCAUCUCUACCUUGGCUUUUGUGAAAUUACUGAUAUAACUAUCAAAGAAAUUGCUAGAUCUUGUCUUAACAUAAAGUAUCUCAAUUUGGAAGGGUGUAUUUAUAUUAGCAAAGAAGCCGUAGAUCAGCUCAUUUCUCUUAAUCCAAAUAUCCAUGUAGAGAAUUUUAUGGAAACUUUAACGCCUCCUGAUCUCAUUGGACUAGUUAGAAAUCAUCUUACACAGAACAACGUUGCUAGUAGACAGAUUUUAGCUCGGAGUCUUCAGAAUCUUUUAGGUCGAGGUAACUUGCAGUGGUAUUCCGAUCCAGGGUUGG